GUGGCCUUGGGCCUUGAAACUGCUCUCUCUGCCAGCGAGCAGCACGCUGUGGACUUGGAGCAGCGCUUCGCCAUCGCGAAGGAGCAGCACCGCGCGGCCCAGGCGCGGGCCAAGGAGAUGUGCCGAAAUCUGGAGGAGGGCGGGGCAAGACGGCUUCAGGAGCUGCUGCCUCUCCCAAGGCCCGAGGUCACCAAGCGGCUCACACAGGAGAAGGACGGCUUGGUGGGUGGCCCCCGGGAGGUGGCGGAGACAGAGGCCGUGAUUCUGGAGACGAGUUCCGCGCAGAAGGCGGCGAUGCUGGAACUCAAGGAGCUCCAUCACAGGCAGCGCUGCUGCCUCGUGGGCCUUGGCGAGCAGUUGCAAGGGCCCCACCGCAGCGCCACCCACGAAGCGCUGCAGGAGCUCUCGGCCAAGGCCAAGGAGAGCCUGGUGGAGGGCGUCAAGGAUGCGCAGACGACGCUGGGCUCCUUGGAAGUUGCCUUGCAGAAAGCAGCGCAGGUCGCGGCCGCGGGCGCGGGCAGCGUCACGAAGGAGGCCGAAGAAGCCCAGCGAUCCUUCGCGGAGCACACGCAGCAGCUCCAAAAAACCUUGGCCUCUCAGCGCCAGGCUUUGGCGGCCUCGGCGGCCCGGACCUCCGAGGCUUUGAAAGCGGCCUCCGAGGCCGUCUCUGAGCUCUCGGCGCUCUCCGACGCCUCCCUGGCCGAAACAGCCCAAGCGGUCACCGGCCUUCAAAAUGUCCACGAA